GCUAAUGGCCACCACCUUGGUUGUUAAACGCCAUCAAGCUAAAAACACCGAAACUCAACCAGGACCCCCACAUCAUUCACCACCGCUGCCGCAGCCACCACCUUCACAAAACCCCAGCUCCAAUCUCCAUGAACCCAUCAUUCACUAGCCUCAUCUAUUGCCUCGACCCUCGUCCCUAACCAUAGACCCAUGAUACGAGCACUACCAAACCCAUCAAAACUAAACUCAAAUUUCCACCACCCAUGUAAUCUGCUCCAAGAAACACCAUAAUCCAUUACGCCACCCAUCAGCCAUCAUCUACGAAGCACCACCCCCUCCACAGACUAAAGACAGAAUUGAAUAUUCCCAACAGCCCGGGUUGCUGCACAAGUGAAGACCUAUUGUGGAGGCGACUUCGGUAACUCUCUCAACUCCUCAAACAUUGCCGACAUUUCGUUGCCUUUGUUGUACUGUGGCUUCCUUCUGUUCCUCCAAAAUCUGAUUUUGGUGUUGUCAUUGCUGAGAAAUCCAAGCUCCAAAGUCACAGCCAUCUGGCAAUUCUCUGAAUGAGCUUUGAUUGAUUUCGACCGGACACAGAUAAAUCCCAGGUCCCAUUUUGAGCGCUUCAUGUGUUUGCAAUAAUGAUUUAACCAAAUCAAACUUCUUGUUUAUUGGUUUUUUGUAAUAUUCAAAAUCCCCAGUGCAUUCUUUAACAAUCAUCUCGUUAUUCACAUGUUAUCACUAGAAGAGAAUGGUCCAGUGGUUGUUUUUCGGUAGGGUCGGAGGGUCGGGUUUUUUCUAUGGAUGUCAGCGAGGGUUUAAUUACCAGCAAAAGUGUGGUUUGGUGAAUGUAAAGUUGAAAUGGGUGAAAGACAGGGCUCUGGAUGCUGCUGUAACUGGUGAGAGGGAUCUCAGAGCAGCUUGGAUUCUUGUUUCCAUUAUCUCUUCUGCUUCUCAGCAAUGUGUUCCCAUAUACCACCUCUCUCGCCAUCGUGGACAACUUGGUCUCCCCCAUGAUCUUAAGCUCUCCACCUUUGUUAGGAGAUACCCUACUGUUUUUCACGAGUCUCAUGUUUUUGACAGCGGAGGCACGCGUGUUCCCUGUUUCAGCUUGAGUACUGAAGCAUUGGAACUCCACCAAGAAGAACUCAAUGUGGUUGAGCAGAAUCAGAUGGAUCUUGUCAAUAGGCUGCGAAAACUGCUCAUGCUCACCAGAGCCAGGACCCUUCCUUUACAAACUCUUGACCAGCUGAAAUGGGACCUGGGUUUGCCGUAUGAUUACCAUCUUUCCUUGAUUCCGCAGCGGCCGGAGUUUUUCUCUUCCGUCCACCUCCCUGACAAGCGUGAUGGGUUGAAGCUCGUGUCCUGGGAUGAUGACCUUGCCGUUUCCCAAUUGCAAAAGAAUGCUGCUUUACAACAGACCGAAGAAGACGUGAAAAAUGGUUGCUUAGCCUUUCCGAUCGGAUUUACGAGGGGUUUUGGGUUGAAAAGAAAAUGCAUGGAAUGGUUGAGAGAGUGGCAAAAGCUCCCUUACACUUCCCCGUAUUCUGAUGCCUUACAUUUGGACCCCCGCACGGAUGUCUCCGAGAAAAGGAUUGUUGGAGUCUUUCACGAGCUUCUUCACCUAACCAUACAAAAGAGAACUGAGCGCAAGAAUGUGAGCAACCUCCGCACGCCACUGGCCCUGCCCCAGAAGUUCACUAAAGUGUUUGAGCGCCAUCCCACCAUUUUUUACAUCUCCAAGAAGAAUGACACUCAGACAGUCGUUCUUAGGGAAGCCUAUGACCAUCAGCAACUCCUGCAGAGACACCCCCUUGUAGAAAUCAGGGAAAGAUUGGCAAGCAUGUUGAGAAAAGGGCUGUUGGAUAGGAGCAGGGGGCUAUACAGGAAAAGUGCAGGCCCUGGUCUAGAACAAGAUCAAUCAAAUGAUGUUUAUGGUGAUGAAGUGACUGAUAAUCAGCGUAGUUCUGAUGAGGAAUCAGACUGUAAUCCAUUUUCUGAAUAUGAUUCAGAUGACUCUAUACACGACCGUUGUUGAGUUUUGACAGUGCCAAUAAUUAUAUUGAGAUCAUGUGAAGUUCCACCUUGGGUGAGCAAAUAUUUGUCUAGUUAUUGUUUCAGACUGUUAAUACAAAAUA